CGAUUCGUGAUAAUUUUGUAAACCCAAAGGACCAUUUGUGAUAAAAAACCAAAAAUAUAAAUAGAAAGUAAAAUAAGAGCGAAUUUUCCCGCGAGAUUGGCCCGAGUGAGAGAGAAUGUCAGGCAGCGAACAAGAGCGAACAACAAAGUCAGGGGCGGAGGAGCAGUCGCUGAGGGUAGCCGUAGCCAUUUCUCUUCUCCGAUCAAAGCUUCUUCAAAAGCAGCAAAAGCAGCCUCCUCCUCCUCCUGUUGAUCAAUCCGACACUCUCCGAUGGAAGCGAAAGGCUAAGGAGCGAAAGCAAGAGCUUUUGAGACUCCGACAAGAUCUCAAAGAAGCUUCAGAUGCUUCGCAGUGUGACUUGUUCCCGCAAAGCGCUUCUUGCAAGUGUUAUUUCUUUGAUAAUUUGGGGAGACUAAGCCCUAAUAAGCGGCUUCCAGAUCCUUCUCAGUGCAGAUUCAAUGAUGUCUUGCGACGCAGAUUUCUCAGACACGUACGUUUUAAGGAAAGGAGAAGAAGAACAAGUAGUUCAUCCCAGCGACACCAUUUUGCAGACAUAAACAGUGAAGAUGAAAUGGAGCAGCUUAGGGCCUCAGUCGAUUUUCUUGUGGAGCUUUGUGAAACUAAUUCUCCUGUGGAGGAGGCCAAUGUUGCAAAUUGGUCGCACCAAGCUGCAGACUUUAUUUUAGCUUCAUUGAAGAACCUGUUAUCAGUGGCAAUGAAUGUGGAACUCAUAGAAGGAAUUAUCAGCAGCUUAAUCACACGUUUGGUUAGAAGGAUGUGUUGCCCCUUGCAAGGAAACGCAUCAAAACACUCUGAACCUGAUGCUCAGUUUUUCGUUCAGCACUUGAUCCGAAAGCUUGGAAGUGAGCCCUACAUUGGUCAACGUGCAUUAUUCUUAGUAACUCAGAGAAUCUCUGUUCUUGCAGAGAAUUUCCUUUUCGCAGAUCCAUUUGAUGAUGCUUUUACAAACAUGCAUCAAUGCAUGUUCAUGCUGAUCCAGCUUACAGAGUUUUUGGUAUCCGAUUACCUAUCAGAAUGGUCAAAGGAUGAAGGUUUUGACACCAUGGUCUUUGAAGAAUGGGUAGCAUCAAUGGUUCACGCACGCAAGGCAUUACAAAUUUUGGAAAGCAGAAAUGGGGUCUAUGUGUUAUACAUGGAACGAGUCAUAGCGCUUGGCAGCAGCAGCAGCAGCAGAGCAGGCCAGGGCAAAGCAAGAAGGCAGGCAUGUUGAAUGAGAUGAAAUCACGCUGCGUACUCAGUCUCUCGCUCCUUCUUCUUCUUCUUCUAAUAUUCUGUCAAUCGCUUCCAAGUUCAGCCCAUGGAGAUGGAAAUGGAGGUGGUACAACAACUACUAGUACUAUUACUAGGGCGGUUGUUGUUGGGGAGCAGCAGCAGCAGCAGCCACCACUGCCAGCUACAAAUUACCAUGUCAGUACUUUGCUUCACACAACUCGGAAGCUUAAGCUUGGGGUUCACAUGAAAAUAACCCGUAGCGUUCCAAAGGUUCCUCGUGUCAAAAAAUCAUCCGCCAUUCCAACUCAGAUGACACCUUCUCUUCCUGUCGCUUGUUUUCUUUCUUCAUUAUCCCUCCUUUCUUUCUUUCUGUUAUAGGAUAGGAGGAGCUGGAUAUAAUAUAUAUCUGCUAGAAAUAUUAUGUUUGUUUCCAACAACAAUCAUCAUCAAUAUUAGCUUGAAAUAUAAUGUUUGUUUCAAUUAGAAAGUUGAAUUACGAUU